GAAGAGCGUGAACAGUCUGGAUACAAUGCUUCCUUGGUUUCGCGCGCUUUUUAUUUGCGUUUAGCAACGUACGUUUCGUCGGGAAGAUUUCACUGUCUUUUCUGCUUGCAUCAUAAAUCCUAUGGCCAUGAUCAGGACUGACGAAGAAGUGCAAGCGUUUUUGGAGCGCGCCAAGCUGGAUCGCAGCGACCUGCAGCCCAUAGCUCAGCCGCUUUGGUUUGCGGAAGAAAACCAGAGCUCACUACGGCUGCUAGAGGUCGAUAAGGAACUGCUGAAGACGAUACGCGAAGGCGAGAGGCUGGUUUUUCGUGGUGAAGAGGACUGCCCUGCUGUCGUGUGCACCGGCGACCGUACCUUCGAAGUCCGCGAGGCUGACAUAUCGAACUCUCUCCUGCUCGUGCCAACGCUCCGGCUCUCGUCUGAGGUGGUGGGAAACGCGCCAGAUUCAACACCUGAAGCUCGUCCCAGUCAGGUUCUACACACAUUCCACAGCUACCUGGAGCUUCGCCAGUGCUUCCCCCGACUGAAAAAGCUGCUGGAACUUCUUCGCCAGACUCCAUACAGAGGAGCCGAACUCGAGCACCAUGUUGAUGAUGACAAAGUCACGCCCAAGUAUACCCUCGGGAACAUCUUGGAAAUAGUGCAAGCAAGCGAAGCCGAGAUCAGGCAGGCCAUUGAGGAGCUGCCUGUGGUUGAAAUCGAUGGUUUUUACAGGCUUCUAGAUGGUGAAUAUUACUACCGAGUACAGAAUUUCAUUGUCAACUACAUAGAGUCAGAGUCCAUGCGACUGGACAAGAUACCUGCCGGUGACGUUGUCGACAAGAUCUCAGAGUUGGAGCCACGAGAGAUUGUUGCAGAAGUGUUUCGGAGAUGCACUACUCCCAAUAGUGAUGACGAGUUUUACACGCUAAACGGCGACGUCAUGUGCAAGGCAACCGCCGAUGUGCUCCUUCGAAGUGUUGAAAAGUUCAAUCUGAGCGAAUUCCUUGAGGUGUGGCAAAACAGUGUUCCAGAAGGCGUACAGACAGAUCUCAAGCAGUUGGAGGGUCUAGCCCUAACAGACCGAACUUCCACACCUCACUGCAUCUAUCUCUUCGACAAGUGGGAUCUGCCAGAUGAUGCAAAUGAACGCUUUGACACCCUCUUCAGGACAAAAGAGAGAUGGACACUUGACGAGAUCAAGCCAUACAUAGAAGAUCUGUGUGUUGGCCUGAAGGGCGACGCAAAUUCACUUCUCAUGAAGCAUGCACGAGCAGCAAUGAGAGAUGGUGUGCGAACCUACACCUCAAAGCGCCCCAUCAGAUAGCAUGCUGCACUUUGGCAUGUGGCUUUUAGGAACAGGAAGAAGCCCCUUCACAGUCCAGUUUUUGAGAUACAGAAGACUUGGAAGUGCGACUGUCAGUGCUAUGGCUGCUAGUUUUUCAGCAAUGUAAAUA